AUGUUUUUUGUGCUCAUAGUCUGCCUGCUGCUGAGGCCUGGCUCCGCUGCUAUAAUGACAUCUCCAUUGCAUGAGUCAGCACAAUGGGACAAUGCAACAAAUACCACAGUUUCUCCAUGUGGGGAUUUCGUGAAUAAACGACAGUAUCGCUCAGUGAAGUUUCCUGAUGUGACCCACUUAGAACUUUUGGUUGUUGUUGGCCCAGAGGUCAACAAUGUCCACAAGCCUGACACUGAAAGAUACAUUCUUACCAAUCUCAAUAUUGCCUCUGAGCUACUGAGAGACAUGUCUUUUGGAGCCAACAUGAGGGUGCACCUGGUCAGGAUGAUUAUUCUGACAGAACCCGAGCCAGAAAUCCAACUUUCCCCAAACAUCACCUCGUCUCUGAGAAGUGUCUGUAACUGGGGGAGAAGAAUAAACCCGUCCAAUGACACAAACCCUCUCCAUGCUGAUCUCUUGAUAUACAUCACCAGGUAUGACCUUGUGUUACCUAAUGGGAAUAGGCAGGUCAGAGGGGUAACACAGCUGGGCGGGGCAUGCAGUGAGGACUGGAGCUGUGUAAUUACAGAAGACACUGGCUUUGACCUGGGAAUCACAGUCGCUCAUGAAAUUGGCCACAGUUUUGGGAUCAACCAUGAUGGUGUGGGAAACAGCUGUAGCAGAAGUGGGUUCAUAAUGGCAUCAGACGGAGGUUAUAACAGUGUGGAUCUGACCUGGUCCUCCUGCAGCAGACAGCAGCUGCGGACAUUCUUCAGUAUGGGGAAGGCUGAGUGUGUGAGUGACCUUCCUGCUCAUGGGGGCUCUCUCCAGGACUGGAGACCUGGGCUCUACUAUGGAGUACAUGAGCAAUGUCAAAUAGCCUUUGGUAAAACAGCCAGAGCCUGCACUUUCAGCAAUACAGAUUUGCCUCCAUGUCGCGUUUUGUCAUGUCAUGUGGACUCCAAUAAUGACAGCUCCUGCAAACGUUUGUUGGUGCCCUUAUUGGAUGGAACUGAGUGUGGCCCAGACCAGUGGUGUUUGAAGGGCCGAUGUGUGUCACUGGACGAGCUGGGCUCCUCUGUGGUGGUGAAUGGAUCCUGGUCCAGCUGGUCUGCCUUCUCCCCCUGCUCACGCACAUGUGGCGGAGGAGUCACUCAUCGUACAAGAAACUGCAAUAACCCAAAACCUGCAUUUGGAGGACAUAAUUGUGUGGGCAUGGAUGUACAAGCUGAACUUUGUAACCGAAAACCCUGUGAGCAAACCCAACUGGAUUUCAUGGCAGAUCAGUGUUCCCAUACAGACCUCAAUCCACUUUACCUUCAGCCAAACAUUGCAUCUUUCUAUACGUGGGCCCCUGCUAUUGGCAUUGUGAAAGGAAAUGAUCAGUGCAGGCAUAUGUGCCAGUCAGAGGGAGAAAACUUCAUUGUGAGUCGAGGCUCUCAGUUUGUGGACGGCACUCGGUGUGAAUUAGACAUUCCACCUUCCUUCGGCUCCAUAGGCGCAUGUCUGAAAGGGAAAUGCCAGCUCUUCAGCUGUGAUGGUGUCCUGCUGUCCGAUAAAGUAAAUGACGUCUGUGGAGUUUGUGGUGGAGAUGGAUCAUCCUGCACUUUAACCUCAGAAUCCUUCACUGGUGGACUGGCAAAACACUAUACAACCUUUUUGGCAAUUCCUGUGAAUGCCACCCAAGUUCAUAUUAUAAACAGGGCCCCACUUUUCACACAUAUGGCUGUAAUGGUUGGAGGCCAGUACGUAGUGUCUGGUAAAGGAAACAUGGCUCUGAAUAUGACGUAUCCCUCUUUACUGGAUGAAAACCAUGUGGAAUACCGCCUACACUUGACCACUGACCUUUUACCAGAGAUGGAAGAGCUUCUUCUACCUGGGCCAGUGCAACAAGAAAUAUAUACACAAGUCUAUCGCAAAUAUGGCACAGAAUAUGGGGAAAAAACAAACCCAAACAUCUCCUACACAUUUUAUCUGCCAACACAUAACAAAUCUUCAUUAACCAGCAAACCGAAAGGCAAAUGGAUAGACUUUCUAACACCAUGCACUGUCUCUUGUGGUUUGGGAGUUCAGAAACAAAUAAUUGUAUGUGUGGAUCAAGAAACCAGUGAACACUUAAAACAUCAAUUCUGUGAUGGACCAAUGCCAUCUGACCCAGUUUCCACAACCUGCCAGCAACCACCAUGUCCUCCCAGGUGGGAAACAGAGAAUUUUGGGCCUUGUAGUUCAUUGUGUGGAGGAGGAAAGAGGAUACGUCCUGUAAGAUGUGUCCAAGAAAAUGGAAAUGAACUCUUGGGUCUACCAGAAUCUAAGUGCGGGCUUGAAACAGCGCCACCUGCUGUUGAUGAAUGUAAUAUGCAUCCUUGCCCCACCAGAUGGCAAGCCUCAGAGCCAGGACAGUGCUCAGUGUUGUGCGGGUCAGGGGAGGCUAAACGGGAGGUGCUCUGUGUCUGGGAGGAAGAUGGACGAGACAUCCAAGUGAAUGACAGUUUGUGUAUACAGCAGAAUCGGCCUCCCGACGUAGUUCCCUGUGUAACAAAUGUGUGCCCAGAAGAAUGGGAAUCUAAGGCAGAGCAGGACAAGCUCACUCUAAGUGUGGGUCUGAUGCCCCGGUCAAGGCCAGAUUCUGUAUAUGUGUGGAGUCCUGUACACAGCCAGUGCACUAAGACAUGUGGUAACGGCACUCUGCAGGUGUGGUUUGCCUGCGUAGAACUCCAAACGCAACUGAAUGUUCCAAAUUCCAACUGUGAUGCCUCAACUCAACCCCAUUCAUAUUCUGACACGUGCAGCUCAUCCCCAUGUCCUCCCAUGUGGCGCUCCAAGCAAGGCGUUUGCAGUGUGUCUUGUGGAGGUGGGGUAGCCAACCUGGUGCUGUACUGUGCAAUGCAGACAGAGAGGGGGGAGGUAGUUGUGGAUAAUAAAGAGUGCAAAGACUUUACAGAACCAAAAGCAGUGGUGGCCUGCAACACCCACAGCUGCCCAGCUAGAUGGAAGGUUUUACAGAUAAACGCCUGUUCAGUGUCUUGUGGAUUAGGAGUAGCUCAUAGGACAUUUUUGCCAGCCACCAUGGUCCCAUGUUUAUUGAAAGUAUGUUCAUUUGGAUGGGAAGUCAAGUCAUGGACCCAGUGUUCUGUGAGCUGUGGCUAUGGGAUCCAGUCCAGAGUUGUGUCAUGUGUAGGGCCCUCAAGUCCCGAACCAGUCAGCCCUCUGCUUUGUAUGCACAUGCCCAAACCCAUAACUAUUCAGAGCUGCAAUAUUGGCUGCCUCGACACGACACCUGCAGCAGUUGCCCAUCCUACAUCCAUAACUCCAACAAUACCAGCUAACCACACUGAAGAACCACGCCUCUCUCCAAGCAUAUGUGGGCAUUUGCUGUUGGGUGAAGCAGGAAUAAUAGAUCUAACUAAUGCAACAGGCCGAUGUAUGGUUUCAAUAGGGAGACCACUGGAUGAAGUCAUUCACAUCAAAGUGGAAUCUAGUUACUUAAAUUGCAGUAAAAGGGAGUAUGUGGCCUUUUUUGACCGUAUGUCAUUUGUAAGGAAGUGCAAAAAGGCUGCUAGUAGUGUGCUGACUACCAGAACUAAUGUCCUCUUGAUACGUCAAUAUUCACAAAGGAAGGGGAACGGUGUUAUUCUGACGUACAAAACAGAGAAAAGUAUAACGGAAAAUUACCACAGAGUAUGUGACGUGCAGCUAUUUGCUCCUAUGGGGAUAUUUGAGAAUCCAACCACCUUGAACAUCAACCAGACAUGCCGGGUUCUAAUCAAUGCUCCUCCCUCAGUAAAAAUCAGGAUUCAAGCGAAAUACAUAGGAUUAGUAUUCAAUUCCACCAACUUACAAUCUUCAUACAUUAUGAUCCGGGACAUGGAUGUCCUGAAGACUCGUGUGUUCAGUGGGCAGCAAUUGUUUUUUUGGCAGUCUUCUGGAAACAUGGCUGAAGUGGAAUUUCAUGGCAACUAUCUGCGUUCCAGUGGGACCUUUAGAGCUGAAUAUUUUUUUAUGGGUUCAUGA